UGCACUCUGGUUGCAUGCUGAUCACAACCAAGAAAUGGCCAGUUUCAAGGCUCCCUCCAUUAUCCCAUCUCAUAAGAAGGCACCAGUCUUAGCAGCAAGCUCUCAGAACGUGAAAUCCCAAGAGGGGAGCAGUACUUGUGAGGGAGCUGACAAGCCUGUAGUGGAGGCUGUUGAGACAGUAGAGCAGCAGCCAGCCACAGGAGGAACUGUACCUGUUGAGGAUAAACACACAGUUACUGAGGGAAAUGGUGAGGGUGGGGUUGAGGGGGAGGGGGUUGCAGGUGAGGAGAAGGGAGGAAGAGAGGGGGGCGAGGAUGAGACACAAGGCACAUCUGAGGAUUGUUCCAGUGGGGACCAUGCUGGUGAUGAUGUUAAUCAGGGAGUAAUGACAGGGGUGGGCUCAUCAAACGGGGACCAGAAGAAGGAUCCUAAAGGAACAGGGACGAGAGUGGUCACUAGUGGUCCCCCACCCCCCACCCCUGACUUGCCGUACACGGAGCCACACUGGAGCGGUCCUCCCUCUCAGCGCUACUCCCUGACCGUCAUCAAGAGUGGGAGUCUCCUGGAGGAGAUUGAUCUCUCCCACAAGCCCUUCCUGGUGUUUGGUCGACUCCCAGUCUGUGAUGUACCACUGGAACAUCCGUCCAUAUCGCGCUACCAUGCCGUCCUCCAGUACAGACCCACCGGUGCCACCACCGUAGGAGACCAGGACGAGGGUGGAGAGGGGAGACCCCUGUCAUUUGGCACCCCCAACGAGGCGGGGUACUAUGUGUACGACCUCGGCAGCACCCACGGGAGUUUCCUGAACAAGAGCAAGCUCCAGCCCAGGGUGUACUACAGAGUGCGCGUCGGUCAGAUGGUCCGGUUUGGAGGCAGCUCGAGACUCUUUGUGCUAGAGGUGGGUGGAGAUGUAGGAGUAGAGGGGCAGGAGAUGGUGGAGGCAGAGGCAGAGGCUGAGAUACAGGAGCUGAGGAGACAGAAGGAGGAGAUGGAGGCCAGGCAGAGGAGGAGGGAGGAGGAGAGGGAGAGGCUGGCCAGAGAGAGGGAGGAGAUGGGAGCCACCUGGGGCAUGGUGAUGGACGAGAUAGACCGGAGGGAGAACGAGGAGGAGGAGGUGACCUUUGACCCUGAGAGAGAGGCCUACUACAAGGACGACCCAAAGAAGGCCCUCAAGAAAUACUUUGACAGAGAAGGUCUGGAGCUGGAGUAUGAGGUGGAGGAGGAGGGGAGUGGUCGUGAUAAGACUUACAUCGCCAGGGUCACGUGAGUUCACCAAUAGACCACGUGCUCCUGCACAAUAACACAUGACAACUUGUGUAUGGUCACGUGUCAUGCAGCAUGUGCUAUGAAGCAACCUUACAGUACCUCAUACUUACAUAUACAAUAUGUGCUUGUAAUAGGGGGGGUAACCAAAUUUUUGUGGGGUAGAUAUUUUAAACGUAUUCAUUGCAUGUACAGUUCUCAAACGUUUUCCUUCCUCGAAAGUUUCCAGCUAACAUGCAGGAACCCCUACCGGCUGAGUUGCCCUGGUAGCUCAGUUGGUAGAGCACUCGCUCAGAAAGCAGUGUCGUGGGUUAGAAUCCUGGUGUGUGUGUAUUGUUUUAGCCAACCAUGCAAUACACACACACCAGGUAAUGUAGUGAAUACUCGUAGGGCAGCUCUUCUUUUUUUCCUUGGAAAAUAAGAGUUGUCCUGGGUGCAGUUGACCUUUUUACUUUCCUUGCAACCUCGUUGUUGUCAUGUGCUGCAACACACUCAGUAUGGUUUCUCUCCCCACCUGUACAUAUGUACGUAUGUUGUACAGUCUCCCGAUAGAGAGUGGAGGGGGCCAGGUGGUGGUGGAGGAGAAUGUGAGAGGGAGGAAGAAAGAGGCCGUCUUCCAGUGUGCUCUCAAGGCCUGCCGCAUCCUCGACUCAAACGACAUGCUCAGAGCCGCUUCCCAGAGGAGGCAGAGGGUGACCAAGAACUGGGAGGAGAAUGAUUACUACGACAGUGACGAGGACUCCUUCCUCGACAGAACUGGAGAAUUGGAGGAAAAGAGACGUCAACGGAUGAAGAGGCUGGGGAAGUUAAAAGACCAGGCUGAGAACUAUGACUCACUGGUAAAGAGGUUUGAUGAGGUGAUGAAAGAAAGGCAGAGUAUCGAAGCCCGACUCAACAAAUCAAAGAGUGCCAAGGGAGACAGUGGAGAGGGCGACCCACUGGAUCAGUACAUGAGUGUCGUCAGUUCCCAGUUGGACCCCGCCACUGUCACCAGACUCAAGAGACAGUCCCUCAGCCUCAGGAAGGAAGAAGAGAUGAUCAAAAAGGUUGAUGAAAGUAGCAAAACCGACAGAAAUGCCAUCUCUGCAGCCAAGUGGUAUCACGUCAGUCAGUGGGGAGGAAAGACUGGGUGGUACUCGCCCUGCAACCACCACCACUGUGGAAUCUUCUGGUGGAGGAGAAGGUCAGAACAGAGGAGUUGGUGGAGAUACAGAUAGAGAUGGCUCCACAGACCAGUCUGGAGGAGGUACAGACCCUCUGUCAGUGGGACCACUGGCUCAGUGUCACCCGGCCAGCCUACCACAGGCGGUGGUGGAGAUUCAUCACCCAUGCCUCCACCUUCACGAUCUUCUAGGAGACGAAGGAGGAGGUCAUCGUCGUCGUCAUCAGGCCCUGAGGCUACUACUGGGGGUGGGGAGGGAGCUCAGAAGAAGUCUCGUGUACUGGGACCAGCCCUGGCCCCACUGCCCCAGCGAGAUGAACCUGAACAAAAGAAGGCAGUGAGUGAAACAGCAGAUCCAGAGUUUGCCUCCUGGCUGCCUCCUGAAAAUCAGACUGGGGAUGGUAGAACGUAUCUCAAUGAGAAGUAUGGCUACUGACCCCUCCCUGCUCAUGUUGUACACAAGAGACUCCCAUGACACUUUGUACCUCAAAUCUGUAGUGCAUCCUGUGAUUUCGGUGCAUGUUUUUGCACAUGUAUCCCUGUGUUCACCUUUUCGUGCGGUUUUUGCAAGAUUUAUCACCCCA